AUGAUCAGCAAACUCGGAAACGAUCUCCUCGUCGAAAUUCUGAUUCGCCUCCCGAAUCCUAGAUGUGCCUGCCGGAGCAAAGUCGUCUGCAAGCUGUGGAGAUCCCUGAUUUCUGAUCCCUGCUUCAGUCGUUGUUUCCUUUCUCACCACCACCAGCGCAUGAACAAACCACCUCCUCCUCCUCCUCAACUUCUUCUCUCAGAUGACAGGGAAUCGGUCGUCCUGAGAUUCCUCCCCACACCCGUUGAAGAGGGAGGCUACCGUUCACUGCUUUUCGCAGUUUUCGAUUGUUUCAAGGACUUGCUUUUAUGCGGGUUUGGGGAACUAGGUGACCGCCAUACGAAUGCUGAACUUGCCAGAUCCUACUUGAUCUGCAAUCCUUUUACGAAGCAAUGGAUCGCUCUCCCUUUGGCCCCCGAAAGACCCGUCGGCGGGCUUACGGAAUUGUGCGCAAGGUUAGUCUGCGAACCCUUGAUUUCUGAUAGUCGUCUUGAUCUAGGAGGUGGCUAUGAGUAUCGGUUCCGGGUGGUCUGUAUAUAUCAAGAUAGGAAUUCCAUGAAGCUAGAUGUGUUCUCUUCCGACUCUGGAAAAUGGAAGAAGGAGGCUCUCCUUCUUCAAGAAGAAUGGCAAGGAGUUGAACAAUCUGGUAACUGGAAGAAGCCAAAGGUGGCGAAUGGCUCACCUCUUCUCAAGGAUAGGAUGGACGUUGGCGGAAGAAGGUCUGUGUUAUCUCUUGAUUAAAGGAAAGUAGUUUAUCAGUUGGUUUGGAAUUGCUAGUGGAAUUGGUAGCUAUCAUGGAAGGGUCAUGCUAAUGAAUGUAUGACUCUAGGAGUGAUUGUUGUAACUGGAUUGCAUACUCUCAAUGAUGCAUAUCAGCUUUCUUUAACCAAUUCUUUCCCUGUUGGUUAACUCGGGAAUUU